AUGUUCCGUAAACAGAUCCUGCGACAAUCUCGCUCCAUUUCAGAGGCUCUAAUAGCACCGUCUCAAGUACGACGCUCGCCAUUCUCUUCCGCCCCCUUUGCAUCUCCUCGACCCUGCCUACCGGCGUCAUACUCCUUCAGAACAGGCCGGAGAUGGCAGUCGACGGACGCGGACAAGAAAGCCGAUAAAGAAUCCGAAGAAACAAAAACACCCGAGACCAAAGAAGACCCGGCGAAGCAGGAACUAGAGAAGGCAAAGAAGGAAAUCAUUGACUUGAAGGACAAAUACCUCCGAUCUGUCGCCGACUACCGCAACCUGCAAGAACGGACGAAACGAGAGACCGAGUCCGCGAAGCAGUUCGCCCUGCAGCGCUUCGCCACAGACCUCCUUGACUCGAUAGACAACCUCGACCGGGCUCUGACAGCCGUGCCGAAAGAAGCUCUCGCGAACGCCACGACGUCAAACACGUCCUCAUCCGACGCCAAUGCCGCCGCGGCGUCGGAGUCGACCUCGGAAGCAGCCAAGCAUCUGACCGACCUGCACGCCGGUCUCAUGAUGACGGAAGGCAUUCUCAUGUCCACGUUGAAGAAGCAUGGCAUCGAACGAUUCGACCCUCUCGAGGGCGAGGGGCGGAAAUUCGACCCCAACACCGACGAGGCGACCUUCUUCGCCAAGGUCGAAGGCAAGCAGGACGGCGAGGUCUUCUUCACUCAGAGCAAAGGCUACAAAUUGAACGGCCGAGUCCUAAGAGCCGCAAAAGUCGGCGUUGUCAAGAACUCAUGA